GUGUAAUUUUUAUUUUAGCCCAAAAAGAAAGUAUAGAGCUCCCCCGCCUUCUCGUCACAGACACAGGCAUCACCAGAAUUUCCCAGUAACAAAAAUGCGCGACAGGAGGUACCUAGCUUCCAGCGAUGACGAGGAAGACGACGCGCCUCCGCAGCCAUCACCGAAAGAACCGGAAAUGAGGUCUAGUCAGCGGAAGAGAAAGAGGAUGAAGUUUUACGAAGAUGAUGACGAAGAAGAAGAAGAAGAAGCAAUUAAGCAAGUAGCCAAAUCGAAACGAGACAAGAAAAAACCCAAGGACGAUGAAGAGGACGAGAAAGAAGUUUCCCCGCCACCAGAAGAUGACGAGGAAGAAGAAGUACCUGUGGAAGACGCGAAACCAAUCGGCGACGUUGUUAGGGUUUCAGGAAAGGGGAAAACAAGGAGGAAUCAUUAUAAAUCGUUCGAAUUUGAUGGCCUUUCUUACGAACUUGAGGAUCCUGUGCUUUUAGUUCCUGAUCCUGAAGGACCAAACAAGAAGCCAUAUGUGGCUAUAAUCAAGGAUAUUACCGAGACAAAAGAUGGGAGUGUAAUGGUGACAGGACAAUGGUUUUACAGACCUGAAGAAGCUGAAAAGAAAAAUGGUGGAAACUGGCUAUCAAGUGAUACACGGGAACUGUUCUACAGUUUUCACAGAGAUGAAGUCCCAGCUGAAUCUGUAAUGCACAAAUGUGUUGUCCACUUCAUCCCUGCAAACAAACAGAUCCCAAGUCGUAAACUCCACCCUGGUUUUAUAGUCCAAAAAGUCUAUGACACCAUUUUCAAAAGACUCUUCAAGCUUACAGACAAAGAUUAUGAAGACAACAUGCAGCAUGAAAUCGACUUACUUGUUCAGAAAACCAUGUCACGUUUAGGAGACCUUCCUGACAUCAAGCUUGAAGAUCAUGACACAGAAGAAGAUCAAUUAAAAAGUAAAAGACUCUUGAGAAGAAAGAACAUGAACAUGACACCAAUAGAUGUUAGUAGAGAUGAAGAAACAACAACAAACAGGUCAUCUGGCCCAUUAUCAAGAUCAGAAACACCAGGAAGCUGUACAAGUAAUCCUUCAGAAUAUUACAACAUUCUUGCAAAGAACAAUGCUGUAACUAGUGAUCAUCAUCGUGAUAGAUGGCUUGAGAAGCUUCUAGAAAGUGUUCAAUAUGUCUGCAGUAAUGUAUCUGAAGACAAGAAUGAUAAAGUAACAGGAUCAAAUUCAAAACCUUUGUGGCCUGUUGAUGCUGUUGUUGCUGUAGCUGCACUUGAGAAAGCUUCACAUGAGUCUCUUUCUUCUGAUUAUCAGAAAUAUAAUCAGAAAAUGCGUCAAUUAUGGUUUAAUCUCAAGAAAAAUGCACAGUUAGCACGUCGCCUUCUUAAGGGAGAAUUAGAAGCUUCAAAAAUAUUUAACAUGUCACCUAAUGAGUUGAAGGAGGGAUUGACAGCUGAGGAGAUAGCAAGUAAAGAGCCUGAAGAGGAUGCUCAAGUGCAGAUGACAGAUGCACGAUGUAAAAGAUGCACAGAGAAAAAAGUGCGAUUGAUAGAGAUCAUAUCAGCUGGACAUGCAGAUAGAUAUCAGCUUGAGUGUACUGCAUGUGGUAACAUGUGGUAUGCUUCUAGAGAUGAAGCAUCGAGUCUUACAAUAGAUGGGCCCAGUUCUGCAAAGACUGUGGGGUCCGCACCAUGGGCCACUGCAAAAUUUGAAGAUGUUGAAAAGAAGCUGGUCAGUCCUCGUGACCACCACCCUACUCCUCCUACUGCCGCCAGUAGUGAUGGUGGUGUUAAAAAAGUAAAUGAGCCGGAAAAGCAGAGAUCCUUUAACAAGUCUAAGGUUGAGGACCAAGAUAACCUCCCACCACCACCACCACCACCAAGUGAUCAUCAUGUAGACUAGUUUUGACUUUUAAUAGUUGGAAUCGUAUAUGCAUCUCUUUGAGAUAUAUCAUUAUCAUUAUUAUGAAAAGCUUACAAAUCAAAAACAACAGUUAGGUAAAUUCUUGUGUGUUUUUUAGACGGAUAGGUUGUCCAUCCAGGAAAUUUUGUGAAAGGUCUGUUUUGCCCUUGGGUUUCAGUUUGGGGAUGUUUUCUUAUUUUCCCCCAUUUAAAUAUAUUAUGGGUAAAAUAAAUGAUGA